AUGGACACACAUACUCAGUCCACCAUAGGUGAUAAUUACAGUGACAAUUUUGAAUCAGAACCAGAUCCUGAGCAAAAUCUUGAAAUCAAACAAACACCCUACAGAAAAGUGAAAAAGAACACAACACAGUCAAGAAAGAAACAAUCACUACACACAAAGCUGAUGAGAAUCACACCAACAUAUGAAAUGGAGCAGAAGAUUGUAACAGCCAAAAAACUAAAUAACAAUGAACUAAGAAACCUGAAUGCUGAGCUUCUAAGGCAGAUUGAAAAGCAGAAAGAAGAGAUUCGUAUCUUGAAGAGAAUGGAGUUUCGCCAAAGCAAAGCCCUGGAGAAGUUUGAAAGUAGCAAAAGUCGGUUGCCAAUGCUUCUUGAGUCACAUAACAAGGAGAUACUUGGCAUGAGGGAACAAAUACGAACAAUGAAAACACGCUACAGAAAAUCCCAAGAAUCACUGCGGGAAGUGGAAGAUGAACUGGAAAAAAACAAGAAUCGACUUAACAAGUACAAAGCUCUUGUAGAUGAUGAGAAUCUACAAGAGAGAGCUGAAUUGAGCAAACAACUCAAUAUUGCUCAACAGAAGGUUAAAGAACUGGAAACAAAAAUUCAGGAAUUAGAAAUACACAUACAACACUUGAUAAAAAAUCACAAAUAUGAGGUCAACAUUGAAAAGGCUCAGAGCAAAAAGAUCAAAUUCACUAUUCAAGAACUGGAAGAGAAGUAUAACCGUUUAGAAAUACAAUUACUGGAAAAAGAAAAGGAACUAGAAGUAUGGAAUAUUUAUAGUAAUCGCCAGAGGAAUAUUACCCAGAAAAUGAGCAGUUCUCGCUCAACUCCUUCUGUGAAAAGUAAAUUUAAUGAGAGGGUACCUCCACUCACACCUCCACCAGUGAGGAUGAAAAGAUAUGAGGAACGAAGACGACAAUCAAAGAAACAAAAGGAAUCAAUGUUGAAAAAAGUGAACUUACCUUCACCAAGAGCUGCCAGUGAUACAAAAAGCAACCAAACAUCAAUGAGCCAACCACUAUCUCGAAAAGAUUUCUGUAGCACCGCGACCCAUAACGGUCGCCUGCGGGUGCCCACACACGUGACAGCACGCAGCAACGAUGACAUGCCAACCGAUCGCGGCCUCUUCCGUCUUGCUCAACCGUCUACCUCUUCUUCAGCAUAA